AUGGAUUCAAUCCUAUCUGAGUGUGAAGAAUUUAAACUCUUGAAAAUGAACACAUGCCGCAUGAAAUCGCGCAUACAUUUUCUAAAGAGGUGCAAGCAAAAAGGUGUUUUACCGAAAUUCACCCACAUAAAAUGUAAUACAAAAAGCCAAUCAGGCUUGAAAGCCAUCCAUAAAGCGAGACGCUGUUGGUUAGUGAAUGAGCUUCGAAGCAGUUAUGCGGAACUGGCAACAGCUGACGCCAAAUCGUAUCAGUUAUACCAAAAAAUUGCAAGUAGAUCAACACCACUACAACUUGAUGUUUUCAUGGGAACUGUGCGAGAAGCAUAUGGCGAAAAUCUUCGGUUUUGGUUUACACAAAAACGUAAAAAACUCACUAAGCUGAAGCAAGCAGUCGACUGUCCAAAAAGCGAAUUCAUUCCAAAUUUCCUUAUCAACAAAUCUUCGAUUGAACUUAACGAAGACGAAAUCAGCCUCUUAAACAAGGGCUUGAAUUUCGCACUACCCAAUAAACAAACACCAGUGAAAGACAUUGUUGUCGAUACGGAGGCCGGGCUGAAAUAUUCAGAAAAAGGUUUAGCGGACGAAGUGCGUGCGAAGGUGAAAAAAGUUUUUUCCACGAGACAAUACAACUCACCGAACAACGCGUCCAAAAUGUACGAAACCAUCAAAUCACUAAAUAAAAAAGAAGUUUACGUAACGAAGGCUGAUAAGGGAAACGGCGUAGUGGUUGUUGAUCGUGGUGAUUAUGACGACUCGAUACAUAAAAUGAUUGCCGACGGCCCGUAUGUUGAAGUGAAGAAUCCGUCACACAAAAUUUCAAAAGCGUGCUCUGAAAUGAUAACCAAACAUUGCGAAAUAUUUGGAGGUGAAAGAUGGAGAAGAAACAUGAUUCCGAGCUAUUCAAAAGUCCCGCGAAUUUACGGUUUGCCAAAAAUCCACAAAGAAGGCAACAAAUACAGACCGAUUGUUGACAAUACAUUAGCGCAUUCAUAUAAACUAUCGAAAUUCUUACGCACCCGUUUCGCACAGUUGAAACAAAUGGACAAUUUUUCAAUUAAAAAUUCCAUCGAAUUAACUGAAAAGUUGAAAGAUGUUAAAUUGCAGCGCAAUGAAGUAUUAAUUUCAUUUGAUAUAUCGUCAUAUUUCACCAGUGUACCGGUUGAGGGAGCGUUG